UAUUUUCCCUCUUAUUUUGAAGGCGCAGAAAGCGGAAGCGGCGGUCCUGACGUCACAGGGCGGAAGCAGUGGAGCAGCUGAACUUUAGUUUCAGAGUUUCAACAAAGUUUUAAUUUGUUAUUUGUUCUGGUUCGGAUGGUCCGGACCGCCCAGGGUCCCGGUCUGAAGGGUCCCGAUGUUAGCUGUUAGCUGUUAGCUGUUAACCGUUAGCUCUGGGAGGACCGGGAAGUCAGAGCCAUGUCGGACCAGAUCGGGACCCGCACCGGGCCGUUCCUGUACGAGCUGCCGCCCACCGUCCUCUGGAAGUUCUGCCGCCUCAUGGACGGGCUGUCGGACCUGGACUGGACCCGCUUCGCCUCGGAGGUCCUGGAGGACCAGACCGCCGUGCGAUUGGCUGAGAGGAGAGAGAGGCGGACCGAGUGGGUGAUGACCACAUGGGAGACCAGGAACGGACGCGUGUGGCAGCUGAUUGACCUGCUGGAGCGCCUGCAGCUGCUCCACCCCCGUGAUGUCAUCCUCAGCUGGGUGUCCGAUCAGAAGCAUCCUCCUGCUGCUGUCUAUGACCCUCCUCCCAAACGGUCUGAGGCCCCACCCACACUGAGCACCUGCAGACUGAGCACGACAGUAGAUAAAGGAGGAGGACACCCCCUCCCCAGACCGGCCCCGCCCCCCCCCGACCUGCAGUCUGAGCUCCACUGGCCCGCACAGACCGGCCCCGUGGUGGCGAGCAGCAGCGGCGUGAUGUGCUGGUCGUACGAAGAGGUGCAUGCUGGGACGGAGGGGUUCUCCCCCUCCCUGCAGGUGGGCGAGGGGGGGUUCGGCGUGGUGUACCGUGCAACGCUCAGGAACACUGACUGCGCUGUCAAGAGACUCAAACAGGACUGUGAGAUGGACUGGACUCUGCUGAGGGACAGCUUCCAGACUGAAGUGGACAAACUGUCAAAGUUCAGACAUCCGAACAUUGUGGAUCUGUUGGGUUUCAGUGAAGGAGGAGGCUCAGUGUGUCUGAUCUACAGCUACAUGGAGAAAAGAUCACUGGAGGACCAGCUGCGCAACAACGAAUGUGUGCUGUCCUGGCCUCAGAGACUUGCCGUGGUUAAAGGGGCGUCGGCGGCGCUGCAGUUCCUCCACUCACCACCUGACGGACACCCGCCGCUGAUCCACGGAGACGUGAAAAGCUCCAACAUCCUGCUGGACCGCCACCUGGAGGCCAAGCUGGCGGACUUUGGCCUGGCCCGGGUGGUGCGCCGCGGCCCACCGGGACGAUCUGCGACUCAGACGGCGUCUGUCGGUAGGACAGCCACGGUGAGAGGAACGCUGGCGUACCUGCCCGAUGAGUAUGUUAGGAACGGAGAGCUUGGGACCGCUGUGGACGUGUACAGCUUUGGAGUGGUGCUGUUGGAGGUUCUGACGGGCCGGCGAGCACUGGAGAGACACGGGACGUCAGACAGAUACCUGAAGGACCUGGUGGAGGAGGUGGAGGACAGUCCGAGUGGUUUGUCUGCAGCGUCCUGGAGGAGACAUCUGGACCGGCGGCUGGUCUCAGGCGGCGCUGUGGAGCCACCCGGCUGCAUGCAGCUGCUGUCUCUGUCCUGCAGAAGUCUCAACAAGAAGAGGAAGAAGAGACCGGCCAUGAGCGAGGUCUUUGACAGACUCCAAGACCUGUAUGUCUCUACCAGCUCCUCCCUGUCCCUGCCCAGACCAGUCCGUCCCCUGGACUCCAGUGUGGGAUCUCUGUCCAACCAGCUGUCCAGACUGGGACCCCUGGAGGACACGUACCAGGCCUCCCCAUCCUCCCUCUGCUCCCUCCCCCCUCCUCACCCGCUGCACUCCUCCUCCUCCUCCUCCUACUCCUCCUCUGUCUCCUCCUCCGUCUCAUCUUCCCUCAGCGGCCCCUGUGAGACAGAUGAGAGUCGAGGUUUCUCUCAGUACGACCUCCGCUCCGGGUCCGGGUCCGGGUCCGGUUCUAACGGGACCGGGUCUAACGGGACCAGGUCUCUGUGUCCGUCUAGCAGAGAACAGCUGAGCCGGCCGUCUGUCCCCACUGAGGACCAGUACAACUUCCCCCCACAGCCCAGCGGGGCCGGGGCCCCCCCAGGACCGGACCCAGGGGGCCAGGCCUCAGCCGGACUCUUUCUGUCUCCUGCAGGGUCCCUGCAGUCGGGGUCCCCAGGGCCCUCAGUCCUCAUGAAUCCCAGUAAACAACGUUUCCUGCAAAAGAAAACUUUGUACGAUGAAGGAAAGAUUGAGACUCCAGAGCUGCUGUCGUCUGAUGACCUCUGUACGUUAAACAUAUAAAUACAUACGGCAGCAGGGGGCCGGAGGAGAGCGACGAGCUGGAUUACCUUCCUGUGGAACACGACUGACACGAGCAGCUGGAACUGAUCCUCACAAAGCAGUUUGUGUUCUGACCUGCAGGAGGUGCCGCCGCGCCCCUCAGAGACUCUGGAACCCUGCAGGCCUGAGGAGCUCACAGCUGCAUUUUUUGUGCUGUCUAGCAGGGGGCGACUCCACCAGCUGCAUGGAAGUCUAUGAGAGAAGGAUCUAUGACCUCAGUGAACAUUGUGAUAAUUUAAAGUCACAGAGCAGGAAGCAGGGAGGGGGCGGGGCCACAGGGUGAUUGACAGGUCACUGUUUGACCUUUGACCCUUACACAUCCUGUUUUCACUUGAUCACAGUGACCUGGAACAUUUUUAACAUCUUGUUCAGUUGGACUAAAAGACUUGUGAAACCAUCAUGUUUCAUCAUAAAGAACAGAUGAAGAUGUUUCCUUUGUUUUCUGUAGGAAGGUAAACGAUGACUUAACUUUUAUGAAACAGAUUCACAGAUUACAGUGUCACACCAACAAUAAACAGUAUUUAAUUGCA